AGAUGUAGCUUAUUUGAGCCGGAUUCCAGGCUCUCAGUUUUGUGUGCCAUGCGGCGAGCACUGGCAUGUUUCACUUGCGCUGUGGUAGCCCACGGCAUCACUAGGAGUUUUGUGGUCGCCCCAGGGAUGCCGGAAGUGUCUUUGAGCCAAAGUGGCCAAAGAGGCCAAAGUGGCCAAAGAGGCCUGAGCUCGUCUCUUCCUUGGCCAAGAUCAAGACGGUCUUGGCCCCAUGUCGAUAGAUGUCGGCUGUUGUGUGCAGUCACAGGUUUUGCGGUAGCACUCCGGGCUUUUGAAGGUAGUCAUUCUAUGCGGUUUGGACAGUACCAGAUGCGGGAGGCCAAGCGCAAAAGGGAAGCGGCGCAGUUCUUCACCUACCAAGCUCGUUUGCUGAGGACUGGCAUUCCUCCAAGGGACGAUUUGUACUGGCGGCGUGAAGAGAGAAUGCUUUUUGGUACCGCCCAGAUGGAGAAGGGGAUCAAUUUUGACGCCUAUGACGAGGUGGAGGUGGACCGCCGUGGCGGCAUGGGCGAUGAGGCCGUUUGCAAUUCUUUCCAAGAAAUCUGCCAGAAGUUCACCAUGCCCAAGGAGCUGGUGGACAAUGUCCUGAAGAGAUGUGGGUAUGGCAAACCCACCCCUGUCCAGAAACAUGCAGUGCCUGCGGCGCUGUCUGGAAAUGAUGUCAUGGUCUGUGCGCAAACUGGAAGCGGUAAAACGGCGGCGUUUCUGGUUCCUUUGAUUGCCGAGACACUCACUGCUGAACAGCAGAAGUUGGUGGAGGGGGCGAUCCAGCCCAGUGCGAUCAUAAUGGCUCCGACCAGAGAACUUUGUCAACAGAUCACCUUGGAAGCACGAAAGCUUUGUUUCAGGACGGCUGCCCGUGUGGUGGCCGUGUAUGGAGGUGCUGAUGCCUUGCCACAGCUCAAGGCACUUGCGGAAGGAGCUGAGAUUAUCGUUUGCACUCCCGGGCGCUUGGAGGACUUUCUUGAGAGAGGAGUGGUUAGCAUGAGGAAGGUUCGAUACUGCAUCUUAGAUGAGGCCGACCGCAUGUUGGACAUGGGCUUCGAGCCGCAGAUCAGAUCCAUUAUCGAAGGGCACAGCAUGCCGGAGUCUGGGGGUGAGGAUGGAAGGCAGACCAUGAUGUUCUCUGCCACCUUUCCACGAGAGAUGCAGGACCUAGCAUUGGAUUUUCUUGACCCAACCUACUUGUGGAUUGCCGUUGGUCGUGUCGGAGAGGCCUGCGACAACGUGGUGCAGCGCUUCAGAGAUGCAAGCACGACGGAUCUUGAGGGCAAGUUCGAAAUGCUCGUGGAAGCUGUCAAGGAGGUCGAGAGCACCGACGACAGUAAAGUUGCGAAGACCCUGGUCUUCGCAAACUCCAAGACAACGGUUGAUGCCAUCACGUGGCGUUUGUCCGAUGCACGAAUCAGGAGUAUGCAGAUUCAUGGCGGCCUUUCUCAGGGGCAACGCGAUCGAGCCCUGAGUGAUUUUCGAAAUGGGCGAGUCUCUGUCUUGGUCGCCACCGACGUGGCCGCCAGAGGCUUGGACCUCCCAGGUAUUGACCACGUUGUAAACUACGAGAUGCCCAAGAACGCGGAGGACUACACCCACCGCAUCGGCCGAACGGGCCGCAUCGGGAACACUGGGCUUUCUACCUCUUUGAUUGGCAACUGGGAACCAGCUUUGAGAGACAUUCUCAAGUCUAUCAGGGACAUGAAAUCAGCGGAAAUUCCUGAGUGGCUGGAGUUUCAUGCCCAAGGUGGGGCACGCAAUCGACCUGGGGGUGGCGGCUAUCCCAGUCGCUACAACCAAAUCAGAAGACCGGAGAUGGACGAGUCUCGCUUCAAUCCAGGCUACGCCAGACCACGUCCCCAAGUAGGAUCUCCUCGACGCGUAGAUACCACUUCACCAUCCAGAGGCACUCGGCAAUAGUUUGCAUCAUCUGCCCAAAUGCCCGCGCCGUGCCGACGUCAGGCCUCCUUGGGCACGAGGAUUGCCACCUCGGCAGCGGAUGCGAUGAAAUCCAUUGGGCCAGCUGCGCCCAGCAGCCGGCGCGCUGGCGACAAUGAAAAUAGAACGAAAGAUAACCACAGAUCUGUGAGACACAGAAGAGAAUGAACAGAUGUUCAUAGCGAUUAAACAACAACCCAAAGGUUUCAUCACUGUUUACGAGUGUCCUUUGAAAUGCCACGAGGAACAACUGCUGAUAGAGGCGGCUUUGGAUGCGUAAUUACAUAUUAAGCAGGAUGAUAUGGUAAAUCCUCUUGUAGUCUUUCGAUGCCCGACAGAGUUCAAGACUAUAUACUAUGUGGGCUCAACACUGAACAAGAUUUCAGGGUCGAGUAGCAUGCAAGAUCGAGAUCGAGUACCCG